AUGGCUACCACCCGCUCGUUGAAGUGCGUUGUUACCGGCGAUGGAGCCGUCGGCAAGACUUGUCUGUUGAUCUCGUACACCACCAAUGCGUUCCCUGGAGAGUACAUCCCGACUGUCUUUGACAACUACUCCGCCAAUGUCAUGGUCGACAACAAGCCCAUUAGUUUGGGCUUGUGGGAUACCGCCGGACAGGAGGAUUACGAUCGCCUGCGUCCUCUGUCUUAUCCUCAGACGGAUGUCUUCUUGAUCUGUUUCUCGAUCGUCAGCCCCCCCUCGUUCGACAAUGUUUUGUCGAAGUGGCAUCCCGAGAUUUCCCAUCACGCGCCGAAUGUUCCGGUCAUCCUCGUUGGCACCAAGCUGGAUCUGCGCGAUGAUCCCAAGACCGUCACCGCCCUCCGUGAGAAGCGCAUGGCGCCAAUCACGUACCCGCAGGGGAUACAGCGUUGUAAGGAAAUUCACGCUGUUCGAUACCUUGAGUGCUCGGCCUUGACGCAGAAGGGCCUCAAGAAUGUCUUUGACGAAGCCAUUAGGGCCGUUCUCAUGCCGGCGUCAAAGCCAACCAGAAACAAGAAGUCCUGCACGAUCAUAUAGGCACUGGAUACCGCGAAUCGGUGUACUUGGAGAGGCGGGAGCGAGUCACGAGGUUCUUUCAACAUUUGUGUCUCUGUGUUUGCCAGCAUGUCUUUCCCUGUUUUCCUUUACGUCCUAGUCGGUGAUUGUGAAUGGGUUGCCAUUUGGCACACGACUUCUUUCUGAUGAU